UCAUUUCAGAUCACUGGUUGUUUUGAUAAAAAAAUCAAAUAAUGGUUGAAGCUGAUGUAGGUUUUCUUACUAAAGCUGUUUCUUCUUUAGUACAAGCGAAUUGUGAUCCAACACAAAAAAUAUUAAAGAGUUUUUACUUGAUGCGCUGUAGAGAAUUGACGAAAGGUUAUGGUCUCCCAGAGAAAUAUUUCUCUCCAAAAGUUAGAUGUCCACAUUGUUUUGUUGAUUGGGAAAAAGGAACAGAGGUUAAAGUGGAGCAUAUAAGAUUGAGCCACAGACAAAAAAGAAGGAUCAAACAGUAUAAAUUAAAUAAAAGUAAUAAGGACUUUGUCCAGAAAAAAAGAGACUUAUUGAAAAGUAAUAAAAUUGAACAAAUUUGUGAAUUUUGUAAAAAUGCCAUCGCCACUAUAACACCAAAACCAUUGAAGUUUAAAGAGACAGCGAUUUCUUCUACCGAUAACAGACAAAAAAAUUAUCAAGUCAAUAAUAAAAGUAACACAUCCAAAGUAAAAGAAAAUUUGACAAACAAUAGCAAUAAAAUUAUAAAACCAAAUUUGGGAAAAUCUUCUGGAAUCAAUGUGUAUUCAAAGUCAAAGGAUGCAUUUUCAUUGGGAAAUAAAAAUAAUACAUUGCAAGGUGUAAUAAAACCACAGAAGGUUGUUAAAAAUAAUAAGAAAAAGAAGGACAAGUUUGCAGGUUUGUGUCAACAGGCAGUCCUAGCUGCAGCUAAAUUAAAAGAAGAAAAAAGGAUAGAAAAUAAACUUAAUUUAUUUUUGAAACCUUCAUCAACAUAGUAAAUAAAGUUUAUAUAAAAUGUAGCUUAGAUAUUUAACUUAUUAUUUACUUAGUAUAAAUUAUUUAUUUUUUAUAUAUUUUUA